CACACCCUCCCGUUUAUUGUGCCAGUGGGGUCCUGGCGUCGGCGAAGAGGGGAGGCAGAGUGUUUCGUCUGCGUGACUCAAGUUUAAACACCCCCGUCCGCCCCUGGUACAUUUUUUUUCGAUAGUUCUUAUCAGAUGGACUGAUAAUCGUCCGUCCUCCCGCUCCUUUUUGCCGAGAUCGGGGGUCCAUUCUUUGCUGGCUCUAUAUUUACCGCACUCUUGGUUGUUUCGCCCGGUAGUGAGCGUGUGUACAUACUACUAGGGUUUCCUUCUUGACGAGGGCAAUUUACACCUGAGUCUAUUGCUUCGCGCGUCGCACCACUCCCAGCUCUUCAGGUCAACUAGGAGAGACAGCGCUGGCUGGACCUUCUCAUCACAAUGACGGUUAACGUCUUCUCCGUUCCCGUCUUUCUGAUUGUCUUUCGGGAGACACUCGAGACAGUCAUCAUCAUAUCCGUCCUGCUUGCUUUCUUGAAACAAACUCUAGACGGGCCUGGGAGGGAUGAGAAGGUCUACAAGAAACUCGUUCGGCAGGUUUGGUUGGGCACAGGCAUCGGCCUCUUCAUAUGUCUCGUCAUCGCCGGCGCUCUGAUCGGCGUCUUCUACACACUUGGAUCCAACAAAUGGGAUAGCAGCGAGAAUGCAUACGAGGGCGCCUUCGCGCUCAUCGCUUCCAUCAUCAUUACCAUCGUCGGUGCCGCUCUCCUCCGUAUUGGUAAGAUGCAGGAGAAAUGGCGGCUCAAGCUCGCCGCUGCGAUGGAAGGCCCCGUCAAGACCAAUAGCACCAGGACCGGGCGGCUGAAGCACUAUGCGGAGAAGUACGCCAUGUUUGUACUGCCAUUCAUCACGGUACUCCGGGAGGGCAUCGAAGCCAUCGUCUUCGUCGCUGGUGUAUCCUUCUCGGCCACCGCCAAAUCAGUUCCCCUCCCCGUCGUCAUCGGCUUGCUGGCUGGCGGCGUCGUCGGUUAUGCCCUGUACAAGGGAGGAUCGACCACGAAGAUGCAGAUCUUCCUUGUGUUUUCCACUUGCUUGCUUUAUCUCGUUGCCGCCGGGUUGUUCUCCCGCGCUGUUUGGGGCUUUGAGAUGCAUUAUUGGAAUAAGGCCCUGGGCGGUGGCGAAGCCGCUGAACUUGGCAAUGGCCCCGGGUCCUACGACAUCGAUCAAAGCGUCUGGCACGUCAAUUGCUGCAGCCCCGAAUUCAACGGCGGCGGAGGCUGGGGCUUCUUCAAUGCCAUCCUCGGAUGGACCAACUCGGCAACAUACGGCUCCGUCAUCUCGUACAACCUCUACUGGCUCGUUGUGAUCCUGGCAUUCCUGACCAUGCGAUAUCGCGAGGUUAAGGGGCACUGGCCACUGUUGAAGUCCAAGGUGGCACGGCAGGAGUCCGAGCCAAACAGUGAUGAAAGAGGAAGCGAGGUCAACUCGGAGACGAGAAGCAAAAUAGCGGCAACAGAGAAAGCCAAGGAAGUUAAAGCCUAAGGUCCAAGGAGGUAAACCUCGCCGCGUAGACGGUGGAGGCAGCCAGACUUGAGCGAAUGAGAUAUGGUAGGGGUGGAAACUGGGAAGAAACAAAUCGUGUAUAGGGGGGGAUAAAGGAAGAAGUCGAUUGUAUUUCUCGAUAUACCCGGAGAAUGAGACACGUUCAGCAC